AUCGCAAACCGCGAGGUCCUUAACCCGGGCUGCUGGUUUCGAAGACGUGAAAAGGAUGACGAGUCAGUCAGUAGGUGGAAGGGGCGCUUAACGAACGUGUAUGGCACACUUUAAACUGCAAGCCUUCUAAUUGCAGCUUCUCAAUGCCUAUAUGUGAUCUUCUCCCUCGAAUAUGGUCGAUACUGAUAGCUCGAUGGUGCUGAGCAAGCUAACAAUGGAGGUUAUCGACGAUGCCUACAUCUCAGCGCUGUCAGUCCACACUCCGGUCGUUCUUACUGCGGACUUCGGAAACUCGCAGACAGCCUUCUUAGCAUUGUACCGAACGAUCACGCUCAUGAGCGCCAGUAUAUCACUUCAAUGGCAAAAUCUGCCGACCCGUAGCCGAAUCAUUCGCAUCCGGCUUUGAGAGCAGCUCCAGCCUUCUAACACCCUGAUAUCUGUGACUCGCUAUAGUGUAUACCCUACACAACGGGGACUACCAGACUUGGCAGCUACAGAAUUCUCGACCAGCUACGAGACAUACUGACUACGGCUUGUAGCAAGUGAGAUUACCAGACCCACAUUUAUCAAACUAGGUCUGUUGGACACACUGCACAGCAUGGCAUACGCGUAGAUCUUAAGUUGAUGGUAGGUACUAAGCAGCUCCC